UGGAUCGAUACGCGUGUCUGAGUUAACGCUACGAAAUGGCAGACGCCCUCGAGGAAAUGUUCUCCGGUGAUUCCGAGGAGGACAUCGAGGCGGUCAAAAAUAAAAUUGAAAAAAUUAAACUCGAGAUCAUGGCCUACGGUGAGGAAGAACACGAUUCGUUCGAUCCGGAAUGCCUGCAGAAGGUGGAAUUCAACAUUCAAAUCAAUCGUGUGACGCUUAUACUGCAGGAUAUGUUAGAAACGUUGGAAACGCUGUUCUGUCUGCCGGUGAUCUGCCGAAAUCAGCAGAUGAUGAGUGAGCAUUUUGAUCCUGCAGAGCAGGAUAUUUUGCGAGCUUUGUGCAAAUACAUCCGUUCGAAGGACGACGGGGAAGACGGUGCACCACCGGCUAUGGUGAACAUGGAAGAAUUUCAGUUUCCUCCCAACAAGUUCACCGAGCUUGUUGAAAUGGUUUCCAACAAGGAUCUGCACAAGUCAAUUGCUGGAAAUGUGAAAAAUCUACCAGCAGCGUAUCGCAAGUUUCUUUCCAACAUUCGUGAAUUUCGUAAAUUUACUAUAACCAAAAUGAAGAUGACCGCUCAAAAAGAUCUCGCGAAGGAGAAAAUCUUGCACCGAAUGUGGCAAGCGAAUGAACGCAACAUCAUGGAAAUUGCCAGAAUCGAAGGCUUGUUGGAUGAGAGAAAGAACUCCUUUCGGAAGGAAAUCGAAGAAAAGCAGACCAUCAUCGAGAAGUAUCGUGCGGAAAUCAAACAGUUGGAGGAGCAAAGCCGACAGCAAAUCAGUGAAUACAUUGCUAACUCCGAUCGGAAAAUGUUCCACUACUUCGAGAGAAGUGACCAACGGCAUGCCGAUCUCAAGCAGGAGGUUAACCGGCGGAUGAAACAGUAUCAAAAAAAUCUUGAGGAAGAUUUACGCGAGGAGAAGGAGAAUCGUCUGAGGAAAGCCAAAUUGACGCAACAUUUGAAGUUGUUGCUCAACAAGUACGACAAAGACGCAGGCGAACGGACGAAGGAACUCAACCAGCUAGACGAAAUGCUACGCGAGCGCCAGGAAGAGUUUGACGAAUGGAAACGGACCGUUUUCGAUCCACAGGAGAGAAAGUAUAAGAUUCUAGAUUAUAUUGCGGUUUGGAUUAGUGGAAGUUAUCUUGUAGAUAUUUCGACGCAAUUGAGGAGAAACGGUUGGAUGAGCUUCGUGCUCAACAGGAACUGGUCCGAGCGUUUAUGCAAACUCGAGCAGCCAAAGUCUUGCAGAGGGCUUGGCGUGCGGUUGCGGAGCGCAAACGCAAGAUGCGAGGCCGUCGAGGAGGUCGUCGCGGAAAGGGCAAAAAGAAAUAAGUUCGAUGCUCUUGGGCUUUCUUUUGUGGGGAAGAUGCGGAGGCCUGAUAAUGUUUUGUGUCUUUCUAAUGAUGCUUUGACGUGUUGUAAUAGUUUUAAAUAAAAGGAGUGUUCUAGAUUUUAAACCUUGUGUUUU